ACUGCGUAGAUAGUUAAAGGAAACGCUUCUAUCUGUGACGCUACUAUUACCUAGGCUGCACAAACAGUAGUCAUGAUACAUGAUGUCGCUAUUUAAUGAGCUAAGUAGUUGACACACACGGUCGCCAAUAAGCUAGCUGGUUAGCAUAGCCUAAAGUACCGCUUGCAGUUGCUUAGCGACCUGUAUCCAGAGGCAGCACAUAGCCAGCCAGCUAGCAUAGAAAGCACGGUUUGUCAGUCACUUUAGCUUAGCUACUCAUCAGAAAUGCAGACAGAGGACCAACAUAUGUGAUUAGAUGACCGAAUGGCGACUGGAGGUGUUAAUAAGCUCUGUCCCUACGAAAUGAAACUGAUUAAACGUAAGCGUUUUGAGUGCAAAGUAGGUUGUUAAGUUUGCAUAAUGCUAACUACCUGAGGCAACAGCGACUAAUUGCGUUCACGUGCCAUCCUUACACCAAAUUCACUGAAUGUUUGCAGUGAAAACCAUGUGUUAAGUUUGCAGUUACCAUAAGGUUAAGUUAAAGAAUCAACAAAAAUCACCGAAGCUGAGCAAGCUGGGACAGAGCACGAAAACUUUUUCCACCCUUGUCGGUGAGAUAAUCAAGACUCGGGUUACACUCCUCCAUCAGAUGGCGUUCUGCCUGGCUGAGUUGCACUUGUGGUCCACCAAGAGCUCACUCCAAGUCAAAGAUACAGAUAUUGGCACCUAUCAGUACUACGAUAAAGGAGAGCCAGGCGUUUCCUUGGAACAUCACUACUACAAUGAGAAACUCCAGUUCUGUGAAGCUCGAGGCUAUUUGUGGACCCCCAGGAACCGCCGACCAGAGAAGCUACGCGAUUCGCUAAAGGAGUUGGAGGAACUGUUGCAGACCAACACCUGUGUUCACACCAGAUGGAGAAACAAGCAUUGCUGCCAGUUGAUGCUGAGCAGUGGAGUACUGGUGACCCUGACCCUAAAUGGACCUCAACUUGAACAAGUGUGUGUGGACCGCACAUUAGUGGGCCGACUACCAGCUAACACCGUCAGUGAUGCGGUGCUGAGUGAUAGGCUGAUUCUGCUGUCCUUCCUGGAGCAGAGCCAAGUGGCUGCAGUCUACCUCAACAAAAAGAACCAGGAGUCCCCAGAGAGUGGCAGGCGAACAGACAAACUCUCACCCUCUGAAAUCAAGGUGGUGUGUGUGGAGGUGAGCGGACGGGGUCGUAGGCUCCACAGACACAUGGGUCUCAGCCGUCUCCAGGAUGUGGCGCUCUGCUGGUGGAACCUGGAUGAGCCCGGCGAGGAGCUGUGGCCCUGGACUCCCACAAACACGCAGAGGAACAACCUGGUGCUCCUCAGCUGCUCACCUACUGAAGGCCUCAAGGUUCUUAACUCUGUCCGGACAGAAGGCAAUCCCCUGGACUGCUGCUUCAGCCAGCUCCAGCACUACCAGCUGCUAACAGUGGAACUACCCGCAGGACCCCAGCAAUCCAGAGAAGGGUUCUGGGCUGACACCUGUGUGUAUGAAUGUGCACGAGGGCGCCUGCACCGCCUGUCUGUCACCCGCAUCCCGCUGCCAUCCCAGCCCAUUUCCUGCUCACGUCACCCCUCCGAAACCACGCUCCUCCUGGGCUUGAGUGACUCCUCGCUGGUCUUGUACGAUCAGCGACGGGGGGUCUCUCUCCUGGCCUCCUGUCCCGUGCCACCCAACCUCCUUGCCUGGCACCCUGCUGGGGCCAUGGUCACGGUAGGGGGAGGGCAGGGAGAACUGAUGUGCUUUGAUGUGGGCUUGGCACCUAUGAACAUGGCACUGGUAGCAGAGGAGGUAGCUUCAGCUGCCACACUAAGACUAGCUCAGCACCUGCGCUGCUCUGGAGGCCUGGAGGGACUGCAGUGGGGGACAGGCCUGGAAGGAGGCCCGGAGGGAACAGAUAUGCUGAUGUUGGCCUUUCAUGGGGGCCCGCUAACAGCCUUAAGAUUCAGACUAGGGGCUCUGACAGGGGGACAGAUGGGUCCGGGGGAGCUGCUGCAGCAGCGGCUGCUCUGUGGCCAGGUCAGAGAGGCUCUGGGCAUCCUGGAGGCCAUGGACUGGAGCACCAUGGGAGACGAAUGUUACAGAGGCCUGAGCUCAGUUGCCAACCACCUGCUGAGGCUGGAGCUGAACGCAGAGAGAGAGGCCCAACUAGAAGCAGCUCUGGGUGUGUUUUAUGCUCCACCUGCCCCUUUGUCUGAUACGGUGAUACUGGAGUACAGGGAUCCAAUCAGCAAGUACGCCCGCCGCUUUUUUCACCACCUCCUCAGACACCAGCGCUUUGAGAAGGCCUUCCUCCUCGCUGUAGAUUUGGAAGCCAGAGAUUUAUUCAUGGACCUCCAUUAUGUUGCCAGCGAUAAGGGCGAGGUGGUGCUAGCGGAUGUGGCCAAGAGGAAAGCUAAUGAAAUCGAGGCUCAGGCCAUCGCAGGCAACGAGGAUCCUCUGAGAGGCAGGAAUGGUGUGUGUGGAUCCCGCCUCGGCGAUGGACAUACCGAGAGGAACCAAAGUUCAGUAGGACCGCUGUACUCGGGCACUCCCUCUACACACGCUGAUGGAAGAGCCAGUCAGAGGAGAUUACAAGCAGAGAGCGUACAUGUGACCAUGAGCCCAGAUGUGUUCAGCACACUGAGACAAACAGGAAGCAGAGAAGGUGACAGAGACGGUGUCAGUGAAGAAGACGACACUGACAUGCUUCAUGUAGUCCAUUUAGGAAUGGUUUGAAAAAACGAACUGAGAGACAAUAAGAGGCACUACAUUAACUCCAGUGGGAAACUGGAGAAAUGCCACAACAUCUCAUAAAUAACAGGCUCUUUUGUCAAUAUUUUUAUAUGCUGAGUAGUUACUUACCUGUAAUGUGUGGGGAUCUCAGAAUCCUUAUGCACGCGCACACACACACACACACACGAGUGUUGUUUUGUAUUGUCAGCUUUCGUAGCGAGACUGAAAAACAGUGUUUGCUAAACCAGAAGCCUUUAUUUUUUUAGACUUGUCAUAUUAUAUCUGUAAAAUUUCAGCCCUGUCAAAAACACUGAACAGCUCCACAGCUGUGAAUUGAGGUUAUUUUCUGUCUUAGUGAAGUCUAAACCACAUGAACCUUAGAAGAAAACAGUUAUACCCGGCUCUGCCUUUAAAAACAUGACAGAAAAUGUUUAAAACCUUGUCAUUAAUCAGCCUGAAAAAAUGAAGACUUCUAUUAUACUUCCAUCACCACUGAUAUUGAAUGUUUCAGGCUUCCUCUGUGUGUGUGUGUGUGUGUGUGUGCUGUGUAGAUGUGUGUGUGUGUGUGUGCGCGCAUGUUUGUGUGUGUGUGUGUUGGCCGAGAUUACGGGCCACAGUUUUAUUCAUGAAUAGAAGCCAACCAGCGACUUUAAAGCAUCGCGCGGAGCCCCUUUCCUGAACAGCAGCCAUAGCCGUGUCAGAGCUGUCGACGCGCUGCGCUCACCGACUAAUCUGACAGCGCCGCGCGAGCCCUAAUCCCUCACUGUAUCGUAAUCUAUUUACUUUGCAUUCUAAGAGGAUUUCCACCAAAAAAUAUACAAGAAGCGAUGUUGGAAAUGGACAGAAGAUCAGCAAGGAUGCUUUUCUGCUCCUUUUUUUGUUUUUGUUUUUUUUGUUUUGUUAGCUUUAAAAAAAAUCAUUGUAUGUUUUUUGGGGAGUCAAUCCCCUGCGAGAGGGAUGGGUGAAAGGAAUUACAUUUCUGACUGAUACUAAUACUUCUCUUAUGCAAACAUCAAAAUGUUAUAUUUCCCUUCUGAUGAUACAGUCACACUGCAGAGGCUGCUGGAGAUAAGUGGCAUCUGUCGUUGCCUUUAGUGCAUCUCUUGACACGUUCAUAAUUUACAAACCAAGGCUGCAUUAUCUCCUGAUUGUUUGACUUGACAGCUUCAAUAAAAGCUGCAAAAUUGCUUAACAGGCGAGCAUGAGUUCCUCCCAUCUCUCUGAUGGCCUACACAGUAGCCUUUUUUGACAUGCAAACAGUGAAAUCUCCUGUUUCAUAAUACAGAAAACAAAGUACAAGACCAAAUGCUCUCCUCAGUUACCCUUUAAGCAAUUAUGUCAGCUUUGUGAAAUCAUAAAUACUUCUGCUUCAUUUAAAAUGUGGCCAGCAGCUCUAUUGUAAAACAGCGCCUCGUGCUCAAAUCUUUGCCAUCCGAGAUGACUCGCAGAGAUAGGCUUAUUAGUGGUAUUAACAUACUGUGCAGCGUGCUGGAGCUGUGAAACGGCCUUGUUAACAUUUGGAAAUGAAUCAAGCCUCCAGCACUUGCUAUUAUCCAGGUUAUCUGUUUUUUUUCCUCCUCUGUGCAACAGCUGUGCAGUGUUUCUGCAGAGGCCUUAUCACAUCUAAUGAUGGUGGAUCUGUGAUUGGACUGAUAAUGUUUCCCCUCAGGGGCCAGUUGUAUGUUUUAUAGGUUUGUUUCACUCAUCUCCACAAGUCAGAUCCCUAAAACAUUGUAGACAAAAAAUGUCAGGACCAUUAAAGACGGCAAAGAGACAAAAUUACUUACAACUGAGAGUAAUUAGAGGAACCUAAUUCCCAGGAAAAAUUACAGAAUAGGGUUUAGUUUCUCUUCGUUAUCGGUUUUCAGGUCCGUGAAUGAGAUGUACUUUACAUACAGAUCAAACUACAAUUGUUUCAUCAGGAAAACUGCUUAAUAACAGUGCAACAUAUCUGCACUGAAUGUCUGUGUUUAGCCUCUAAGACAAAAAGCAUUAUAUUUUGAUACUCUAUGAUUAAAACAACCUGUUUUUGCCUCAGAUUAACCUCCAAGCACAAGGACAGACAGACAGAAGUUAAGAUGAAUGUUAUAUUUGUGUUUAACUUUUGGUCAAACAUCCCUAACCUGGUAAGACUCUACUUUAAGACACUGUAUUUAAAAUUUCAAGUGUUUAUUAUUGUAGAGUAUUUGUCAGCAAUUAUAGCUCCUCUUAUGAAGACAUAUUAUUACAACUAUUAUUGAAUUUUAUUAUAUUGUGAUUCAUUAUGUGUUCAUACAGCAGCCUCCACUUCUUGGUGUUCACAGGAGGAGUUAUAAUUGUUAACAAAUACAUUGAUUAACAUUUGCAACUUCAUUAUAGUGAAUCUCAGAGACCUCACAUUUAAAUGCCAUGGAUUUUCAUCUGCUCUUUAUCAAUAACUGGUGUAGUUUUUACACAGGACUAUGCUCAGAUAUCCUCAGAAUAUUCCCAGGUGUAACAGGGAGUUUAUCCUCUCAUUAGUCUAAUUAACCCCGUGGAUAAGUAACAUUGUGACGUAGAAUAACACACUGAACAUUUCCACCUUUAAGUGAUUUUUUGGCAAGCAAAAGAAAUAUAUAUUUGUUCCUGUGUAGUCCAUAUGACAUAAAAGAACAUGAAAUAUUUCCUUAUUAUUAUAAUAAUUAAACUUAUUUUGUUGUAUUAACAAUG